AUGUCAAAGGAAAUGAGCUUCUUGCAAUGCAAAAUUUGUCAAAAGGAGUUUCCCAAAUACGAUCAAAGAGGCUUUCGAAAUGCGGGUUUCACCGCCCACCAGAAUCGCUGCAUUGAAAGAGAAUACCUAUCAAAUCGCCCUACUACAGAACAGCAACAGCCUGCAGUCAACAGACAGCGAAUGCUGCUGCCUGCUCCAUCCACACCCAACUAUCACAGUCUGCUGACUGCAGCACUAACAUCUGUAACUACCACUAUCAACACUUUACAUGCUCCAAUGCCUACUACUGAGGAGCUCUUGGAUACCGCCAAUGUACCGUUGGGUGAUGCUGCCAUUGUGCUAGCAGGUGGAUUAUUCCCCAUCACUCACUGCAACCACUGCACUCCUGAAUAUGGAUUACAUCAAGUAACAUGUCUCGUCAUUACAGAGAUUGUUAGCCAGGACAUGUAA